AAAAUAAAAUGAUAAAUAACCGCUUUAGUUUAUCUUCCAUCAACCAAUUCAAACUCCACACCGAACUUUAAAUGGAAGAAGAGAUAACCGGAGAGACAAGUGACGGCGUAGGGCAGCAAUACACGGUGGAGCAGCCGCCGUUGGUGGUGGAGGGACGACGAAAAAGGAAGCUGAAGGUGAUGGUAGCAGUAGACGAGAGUGACGCGAGUUUAUACGCGUUAAAGUGGACCCUUGAAAACCUCUUCAAGAACCCAACCGAUGAACAAGUCCGGGCGGUUGAACCCGACCCGGAACAAGGGAUGGUGACCGUGGUUCAUGUGGUGCAACCUUUCGAGCGUUACGCGUUCCCUGCCGAACCUUCAAUGUGUAUGUCAGCGGCUAUGGUGGAAUCAGUGAGGAAAGCCCAACAGCAAAAUGCUGCACAACUUCUUUCUCGUGCGUUUCAACUUUGCAAGGAAACAAAGGUAAAAUCAGAAACUUUGAUUUUGGAAGGAAAUCCUAAAGAGAUGCUUUGUCAAGCGGUGGAGGAAAUGCAUUUUGAUCUUCUUGUCGUGGGUAGUCGCGGCUUGGGUGCAAUCAAAAGGGCUUUGUUGGGAAGUAUAAGUGACUUUUGUGCUCAUCACUCGAGGUGUCCAAUACUCAUAGUGAAGCCUCCCCACAAGUAAUGAUAUACAUUUAUUAGAUUCGACUUUAAAAAUAUAGUAUCGUUGUGCAAGUUGUGACAUAUGAUGGUAUGUAUCAAUGUACGUAUGUAGUGAUACGUGAUACUAACAAUGAAGGAAAAAAUCAUAAAAUAAUGCAAGGAUUAAAUAAUAUAUUAUUGUUAUUA